AGUGCAUAUUCAACCAUCAUGCAAUUACAAACAAUCCUUGUUCUUGUGGCCUUAGCAGCCUUUGAUAGCGCAUCUGCUUAUCCACAAAACGCCGAAGAAGUGCGAAGCUCCAUCGGAAAAUUUCAGGAUGCAACUAGCUCUGCUUUAGCCACAGGAUCCCAAAAACUGAAAACUUUAAUUGCUGAAAUUGAAGCCGCUUCAGCUUCGGCCGAAGAUAAAUCGUUGAAGAAACUGGAUGAGCUAAAGACAUCGACGAAUACGCAAAUUGUUAAAUUGGAACAGACUGGUAAAAAUGAUUGUGUGAAAAUUGCUAAAGCAGAUUUGACAACUUCUUUGGAUGGUCUUAAGAAGCUCAUCAAAAACUGCGGUUCCAAUGCUAAGAGCAAAAGCAAUCAACUUUUGGAUGAGGUUCAGAAUACUUUAGGAGGUGAUGCGUACAGGGUACGUGCAGGGUACUUCAAUCAAUUGGAUGCUUGCAUUAAAAAGAAUAGCGAAUCGUGCUUGAACGAUCUUCUCGCUGUUGUUAAGGAAAACACCAAAGUAUACCCUGAGGAGCUUCUGAAACGUUUUGAUCCAAUCGCACUCUCAUUAAGUCAAAUCAAAAGUGAUGUGGAUAAAUGUUUGUCUAAUACUGAUAACGAAGCUACAAAUGCUUCAAACAAGAUCAUCACUCAAUUGAACGAAUGCAUUAAAUCAAAGUAAUUCAAUUCAGAUAUUAAAAUUUUUAU